AUGCUGUUCUCCUCGUUGCUCUCCCUGCUCGCUCUGCAGGUCUUUGGCGCAGCCGCGGCCGACGCCGCUGCGCCCGACGCCGACGACAGCACCCCCAAGAAGCCCGACCUCGCCGCCGUCGUCAAGACCACGUUCCCCGACGCCGACAUCCUCGGCGUGCGCCUCGUCAACGGCCGCCCGACCAAGGCCCUCGUCGAAAUCACCAACAACGAAGAUGCGCCGAUUCACGUCUCCGUCCUCGCCGGCGUCCUGGCCACCACGCAGACCCUCCCCGAGGGCACGCCCGCCUACCGCGGCAUCGUCCGCAACCUGACCGUCACGCAGUACAACCACGCCAUCCAGGCCGGCGAGACCCGCAGCUUCACCUACUCCUUCGCGCUCGACAUGCAGCCCCAGGACGUGAAGCUGCAGCUUGCCGCCGUCAUCGCCGACGCCCACGGCGACGUGCACCAGGUGCUGGCCCACGACGGCGUCGUCGCCAUCGUCGAGGCCCCCACCAGCUUCCUCGACCCUCAAAUCAUCUUCCUGUAUCUCGUCCUGUCCGCCGCCUUCGCCGGCACCCUCUACUUCGUCUACAAGAACUGGGUCGAGGUCCUCUUCCCGCAAGCCAAGCGCGCCAAGGCCUCGUCCGCCGGGCUCAGCAAGCGGGCCAAGAAGCCCGCCGACCCCGACGCCGCCCUCUCCGGCUCCGAGUCCGCCGCCCUCGCCACCGGCAGCAAGACCUACGACGAGAGCUGGAUCCCCGACCACCACAUCAACCGCCCCGUCGCGAAGCGCGUCAAGUCCACCCCCAAGAAGAAGGUUGUCGAGUAG